AUGACAAUAUCAAUCUCUCCACCAACCUUUGAACACCACCGUGAGAAUCUCGGCAUUGGUGAACGCUCCCCGCGUAUCUCGUGGCGGUUCACGAGUGAGGGCGAUACGAAGAACUGGACACAGGAGUCUUAUGAGAUUGAGAUUGCCCGUGCAUCUAAUGCCCGAUCUGAGACUUUUCGAGUUGGCAGUGAUGAGUCCGUUCUGGUUCCUUGGCCGACGGCUCCGUUGGGUUCUAGAGAACGAGCACGUGUGCGUGUGAGGGCGACAGGAAAUAAGGACGAAACUACCGAAUGGUCGGAAUUCGUGGAGGUUGAAGCUGGACUUCAGCGCGAUGAAUGGGUUGCACAGGUGAUUACCGCAGAGAAUAAGAUCUCGACGAGUGGUUCGUUGCAACCAGUAUUAUUUCGAAAAGCCUUCCAAGUUAGCAAGAAAGUUGCGACUGCCAGGUUGUAUAUUACGAGUUACGGGGUCUAUGAAGCGACCAUCAACGGUGUCCGAGUUGGAGAUCAUGUUCUUGCACCGGGAUGGACGAGUUAUAAAUACAGAUUACAAUACCAGACUCAUGAUGUCACUAGACUUCUAAAAGAUGGAGAGAAUGUGAUAGGAAUUGAGGUAGGUGAGGGUUGGUAUUGCGGAAGACUGGGAUUUGAGGGCGGCAGGCGAUUCAUUUAUGGGGACCAACUCGCGGCACUGGCGCAACUCGAGAUUGUGUUUGAAGAUGAUGAAAAGCUGAUUGUAGGUUCUGAUGAGAGCUGGAAAAAUUCAACUGGACCGAUUGUCUCGAGUGAGCUCUACGAUGGAGAAGUGUACGAUUGCUCCGCUGAAGUGAAAGGAUGGGCAUCAAGCGAGUUUCGAGACAGCGAAUGGAAACCAGUUCAGGUAUUGGAGUUCCCAAAAGCAACUUUACUUGCACCACAAGCACCGCCAAUUAGAAAGAUAGAAACUCUGAGGCCAAAGAAGAUUUGGAAAAGUAGGUCGGAUAAGGUCAUUGUUGAUUUUGGACAAAAUCUUGUUGGCGGGGUUCGGUUCCGCACGACUGGUCCCAAGGGACAGAAAAUCGUGUUGACACAUACGGAAGUUUUGGAGCAUGGGGAAGUUGCUACAAGACCACUCAGAGAUGCCAAAGCAAUAGAUACCAUUGUACUUUCUGGAGAGAGUAUCGAAUGGGAACCCAAGUUUACCUUUCAUGGAUUUCAAUACGUUCAAGUUGAUGGCUGGCCAUCUGAAUCGGGCACGCCGUCUUUCGAGGACAUCGAAGCCGUCGUUAUUCACACCGAUAUGGAACAGACAGGCUGGUUUGAGUGUAGCGAGCCGAUGGUCAAUCAGCUUUACCGGAACAUCCAUUGGGGUAUGAGAGGAAACUUUGUGGGGAUUCCCACAGACUGUCCACAACGUGAUGAGCGUUUGGGUUGGACGGGGGAUAUCCAGAUAUUUUCUCCAACCGCAAAUUUUCUUUACGAAACAAGUGGUAUGCUAUGGAGCUGGCUACAAGAUCUGUCCGUGGAACAAAUCGAAGAAUUCAAUGGCGUGGUUCCACAAGUUGUUCCCAAUGUCAUCGAAGCGCGCCUGAACAAGGCACAGGCAGUAUGGGGCGAUGUCUCGGUCAUUACGCCUUGGGAUUUCUUUCUCAAUUUUGGCGAUAUGUCCAUCCUAGAAAGUCAAUUUCUGAGCAUGAAAGCUUGGUGGAAUAGUAUUCCUAAGCAAGAGAACGGACUUUGGGAUGAUACAAUGCAUCAACUAGGGGACUGGCUUGACCCCGCUGCCCCAGCUGCUUCGCCAGCUGAUGGGAGAACCGAUCCCCAUUUCAUCGCGAACGCCUAUCUUGUCCAUAUAACUAAGCUCAUAGGCCGAAUUGCCGGUAUUCUCGGAGAGCCCAACGAGAGACAAAAUUUCGAGAAAAUGUCAGUCACUUUAGAAUCAUUAUUCCAAGAUACAUAUAUCACCCCAGCCGGUCGUCUGGCUCCAGAUACCAUGACCUCUCUAUCUCUUGCAUUGGAAUUUGAUUUAUUCAGAAACCAAGAGGAAAAGGAGAAAGCUCGCGCAAGAUUAGCACGUCUUUCAAGCGCUUCAAGGUUCCGAAUCGGCACAGGAUUCGUAGGAACGCCGAUGGUCUUGCCUGCCCUUACCUCGGGGGGUGACAACAACUACAAGCAGAUCGCAUAUCGAAUGUUACUUGAGAAGCGUUGUCCAUCUUGGCUUUAUCCUAUCACGAUGGGAGCAACAACGAUGUGGGAACGAUGGGAUAGUAUGCUACCAAACGGUGACAUCAAUCCGGGAAGCAUGACGAGUUUUAACCAUUAUGCUCUUGGUAGUGUUGGGAAGUGGCUUUUUGGCUGCGUCGGAGGUGUUGAUUUCACCAAACCGAAUGCGCAAGAUUCGAAUUCUAUAAAAGAGGUGGGAUGGAGAAAGAUUAAGUUCGCACCGAUGCCAGGUGGUCCUAUUACGAAAGCAAAGACUUCGCAUUUAGGUCCUUAUGGAUUGAUCUCCUGCGAGUGGGAACUGGAUGUUGAGAAGGGGGUGUUUAAGAUGGUUAUCGUUGUGCCUCCAAAUUCGACAGGCAUCGCUGAGCUACCGGGCAAAAGCAAAAGUGAAGUGAUCGAGGUGGGAAGUGGUAGGUGGGUAUUUGAGUACGACGAUUACAAGGAGACGGCGAAAUGGCCACCGAAAGCCAUUCUCGACCCGUUCGCGCAGUAUGAAGGCGAAGAGGAAAAGGAGAGAUUAGGAAGGUAG